CACAGCCUGCGCCGUUAAAACUGGAGACGCCCGCAGGAUCCCCUCGGUCAGGAUGGAACUGAAGGCCGAGGAGGAGGAGGCGGGCGGCGUCCAGCCGGUGAGCAUCCAGGCCUUCGCUAGCAGCUCCACGCUGCACGGCCUGGCGCACAUCUUCUCCUACGAGCGGCUGUCUCUGAAGCGGGCGCUCUGGGCCCUGUGCUUCCUGGGCUCGCUGGCCGUGCUGCUGUGUGUGUGCACCGAGCGGGUGCAGUACUACUUCCAUUAUCACCACGUCACCAAGCUCGACGAGGUGGCCGCCUCCCAGCUCACCUUCCCCGCCGUCACGCUGUGCAACCUCAACGAGUUCCGCUUCAGCCAAGUCUCCAAGAAUGACCUGUACCACGCUGGGGAGCUGCUGGCCCUGCUCAACAACAGGUAUGAGAUACCGGACACACAGAUGGCAGAUGAAAAGCAGCUGGAGAUCCUGCAGGACAAGGCCAACUUCCGCAGCUUCAAGCCCAAGCCCUUCAACAUGCGCGAGUUCUACGACCGCGCGGGGCACGACAUUCGAGACAUGCUGCUCUCCUGCCACUUCCGGGGGGAGGUCUGCAGCGCUGAAGACUUCAAGGUGGUCAAAAGGUGUGUUUCUAGCCCCUGGACAGAUGUGGCACUGACUGAAAACAUUUGCCUGUUGGGUCAGAGCUUAGGAGAGACCGUCUUGGCAUCUUCUGCUGCUUUGAAACAGAGGUUCUAACUGGAAGUCCAAGCCCUGGCUCAAAGUUUUUGCAAAAUAAAAUGUGCACAGGUACAUGUGAAGUCCACUGUGGGUUUCCAAGGGCCAAAAUCAUCCAACUUGUGAGAACCCUGCUCAUGGAGGACAGUUCAGGAGGCAUAGGAAGGGGCAUAUUCUGGUCCCUCCUCUGGCGGGGGUCUGCAGUGAUGAGUGUUCCCCCUCAGAUGUGCUUCUGAAUCCAGCUCAACCGCAGGGGGAUGGACUGGUGGUCACAGAGUGUUUGACUGGGUCCAUCCCCCAGCUGUAGCUGAGUCAGCUUGGGAGAGUGGGGAUAAAUAUGGGAAACCUGGGCUAAAUCUGGGAGAAACUGGUUUCAGACUGAGGAGGCAGAGGGUCAACCUUAGUAGCUCUCUUGAACUACCAAAAAAGCAACCAACGACCCACUCUCAAGGACCCCUCUUCCCUGGCCACCUCUUUUCCUUUGAGGUAGGAUGCUUGGUC